AACAUUUCCCCUUAUCCUUGUCACUUUAAACAAAGGGAUGAAGGACCUUGGCAAUACAGAAAGCUGUAAGAGAAGUAUCACUGUAUGACAGUGGAGGAGGUUCAUGCCGUGCAGCUGCACUGCAGGGAGCUUUAGUUCUGUGCUGCGUCCCUAGCAAGGCUGGGACAGCGUUGUGUAUCCUGCUUAUCACGUAAACAUGCUAGAAGCUGGUUGUGGAUUUCCAUAAUGCCGGGGAGGUUCUGUGUACAAAGCUAUGUGCUGCUGCAUCCAUGCAUAUUUUAUAUGGUCAUGUUUUCAAGCCUGGAAUAGCAAGGUAUUUACUUCAGCUAAGUAAGGCGGGAUAUUCGUUAUCAGCUGGUGGUGUGUCAGACGACCCUAGGGCAGCUGAGCGCUUGACACAAGAGAGUCCUAUUGGAGACAGAGCUUCUUCUUGAACAGCCCCCCUAGUGCUUUUAUUUGGAUUUAGCAGCAGAGCAGCACAGCACCUGUAGAAAUGCAUAUUUUAUUGGUGUAAAUAUGGACAUUCCCAGGACGGUCAUGUGGACAGUGAGUACAAGGGAAUCCCCUUAGAUCAGCUGUCAGAGGCCUGGUCUUAUCUGUCAUACAACAAGGUGGAGAACUCCCGGGAAUACAAACAUUUCAAGAAAAGAAGAGGACAUCACAGGGGUAAACAAAUAUUCUAUAUUUUAAUGGUUGGCUCCUUCAGCUCCCAGGGAUGAAACUGAAGAAGCAGGUGACUGUGUGUGGUGCGGCCAUAUUUUGUGUGGCUGUCUUCUCCCUUUAUCUCAUGCUGGACAAAGUGCAACACGACCCUCCCAGAAGGCAAAGCGGUGUCAACUUUCCCAGGAGCCAGAUUUCUGUCCUGCAGAAUCGGAUUGAGCAGCUUGAACAGCUCUUGGAGGAAAACCACGAGAUCAUCAGCCACAUCAAAGACUCUGUGCUCGAGCUGACAGCCAAUGCUGAUGGGCAGCCUGUGCUACUCCCGUAUCACAUCCCUAAUGGAAGCUGGGUCAUGCCACCUGAUCCUAGGCCCAGCUUUUACUCCAUCUCACCACAAGAUUGCCAGUUUGCAGUGGGUAGCAAGGUGCAGAAGACAGAUUUGCAGAUGCUUGACGUGUACACAGAGUUGCCUUUUGAUAAUCUUGAUGGAGGAGUUUGGAAGCAAGGCUUUGACAUUACCUAUGAUCCCAAGGAAUGGGAGAAUGAACCCCUGCAGGUUUUGGUAGUUCCUCAUUCACACAAUGAUCCUGGAUGGAUAAAAACCUUUGAUAAAUAUUACUAUGAUCAGACACAACACAUCCUGAACAACAUGGUAGUGAAACUUCAAGAAGAUCCACGUAGAAAGUUCAUAUGGUCAGAAAUCUCCUUUUUCUCCAAAUGGUGGGACAAUAUCAAUUCUCAGAAGCGGGCUGCUGUGCGCAGGUUAGUUGCAAAUGGUCAGCUGGAAAUGACAACAGGCGGAUGGGUGAUGCCAGACGAAGCCAACACUCAUUACUUUGCAGUGAUUGACCAGAUGAUUGAAGGUCAUCAGUGGCUGAAGAAAAAUAUCGGUGUCAUUCCGAGGUCGGGUUGGGCUGUUGACCCUUUUGGACACAGUUCCACCAUGCCUUAUCUACUGAAACUCUCCAACAUAACAAGCAUGCUGAUUCAGAGAGUGCACUAUUCCAUCAAGAAGCACUUUUCUGCUACACAAAGCCUGGAGUUCAUGUGGAGACAGACGUGGGAUUCAGACUCCAGUACAGAUAUUUUCUGCCACAUGAUGCCUUUUUACAGCUAUGAUGUGCCCCAUACAUGUGGUCCAGACCCCAAGAUCUGCUGCCAAUUUGAUUUUAGGCGUCUCCCUGGUGGAAGAAUCAAUUGUCCAUGGAAAGUGCCCCCAAGAGCUAUUACUGACUUUAACGUAGCCGAGAGGGCAAAUCUAUUGUUAGAUCAGUAUCGCAAGAAAUCUAAAUUAUACCGCAGUAAGGUGGUCCUCGUUCCCUUAGGCGAUGACUUCCGUUAUGACAAAGUACAAGAAUGGGACGCGCAAUUCCUCAACUACCAAAAACUCUUUGAUUACAUGAAUUCUCACCCAGAACUGCAUGUUCAGGCUCGCUUUGGAACACUAUCAGAUUACUUUGACACGCUGUACAAAACCAUGGGCGUUACUCCUGGUACAAAGCCUCCUGACUUUCCGGUGCUCAGUGGAGAUUUCUUCUCCUAUGCUGACCGAGAAGAUCACUACUGGACAGGAUACUACACAUCCCGUCCCUUUUACAAAAGUAUGGACAGGGUGCUGGAGUCUCACAUCAGAGGAGCAGAAAUUCUCUACAGCUUGGCAAUUAAUCAUGCUCGAAGGGCUGGAAUGGAAACCAAAUAUCCUCUCUCUGAUUAUGCUUUGUUGACUGAUGCCAGACGCAACCUUGGAUUGUUUCAGCACCACGAUGCCAUUACUGGCACAUCAAAAGAAGCUGUUGCCAUUGACUACGGUGUACGGUUACUCCACUCGCUGAUGAACUUGAAACGCAUCUUAAUUAAUGCAGCUCACUACCUCGUUCUGGCAGACAAGGAGAAAUAUCACUAUGAUCACUCUGUGCCAUUCUUCAGCACGGAUGACAGCCGUUUAACCCAGGAAUCUCUGCCAGAGAAAACGGUCAUUAAGCUGGGUACAACUCCAAGGUAUGUGGUAGUAUUUAAUCCAGUAGAACAGAACCGUUUGUGUGUAAUUUCUCUCUUGGUGAACACUCCCCAUGUCCGCGUACUCACAGAAGAUGGGCAACCAAUGGCAAUCCAACUCAACCCACUGUGGCAGUCUUCUACUGAUAUGAACACUGAUGUUUACCAGGUGUCCUUUACAUCCAGAUUGCCAUCGCUUGGACUCAGUAUCUUCCAGCUCUACACGUCUUUUGAUGGUCAUGCCAUACUAAAAUCCAAAGUACGGGUAUAUCUACAUGGAAGGGGACUGGCUGUAAAAAAGCAAGAUGCCUUUCCUGUUAAGAUCUUGGACUCUAGCACAGAUGAUUUUUAUCUUGAGAAUCAAUACAUGCAAGUGUGGUUCUCUGGUGUGACCGGUCUCUUGAAGAGUAUCAAACGAGCAGGGGAGGAGCAUGAAGAAAAAAUUAACAUGGAAUUUCUCAUUUAUGGAACAAGAACAUCCAAGGACAAAAGUGGAGCAUAUCUUUUCCUUCCCGAUGGCGAUGCAAAGCUAUACACUCCUAAAGACCCACCUGUGGUACGUGUAACCGAAGGACCCUUUUUCUCUGAGGUAACCUGUUACUACCAGCAUGUACAGCAGACAAUGAGACUCUACAAUUUACCAGGAACUGAAGGUCUAUCUUUGGAUAUCAGCUCAUUGGUAGAUAUUCGUGACCACGUCAACAAGGAGAUAGCCAUGCGGCUUAGCACAGACAUCUUGAGUGGAGACACCUUCUAUACGGAUCUAAAUGGCUUUCAGAUUCAGCCCAGACGGUUUUUCAGAAAGCUGCCACUACAAGCAAAUUUUUACCCAAUGCCACUCAUGGCGUACAUCCAGGAUGAGCAGAGCAGAUUAACCCUGCAUACUGCACAGGCUUUAGGAGUCUCUAGCCUUAACAGCGGUCAGCUGGAGGUUAUUCUCGACAGACGCUUAAUGCAAGAUGAUAACCGCGGCCUUGGUCAGGGGUUGAAAGAUACUAAACGCAUCUGUAGUAGGUUUCGCAUCUUACUAGAAAGGAGGUCAGAAGGAAAUAAGGGAAUCCAGCCAUUUAGCUUCCCUUCUCUUCUCAGCCAUAUGACGUCAAUGCAUUUGAACCAUGAGUUGUUGGUAAUGCCAGUUACUAAUGACAAAGGAGGUGACCUAGCACUGAAAUCCUUUCUGCCCCUUUCUGCCACUCUCCCGUGUGACUUCCACAUUCUCAAUGUGAGGACUCUACAGGCAGAGGAUGAUGGAAUUCCUUCGCUGGACACAGCACUGAUUUUACACCGCAAAGGCUUUGAUUGCGGGCUGGAGGCCAAAAAUCUAGGAUUCAAUUGCACCACAAGCCAAGGAAAGCUGUCUCUUGGAGGACUGUUUACAGGACUUGAGGUUGGCCUACUGCAGCCCACAUCAUUGACUUUGAUGUACUCCCUAGCCUCACCGUCCAACAUCAGCAACCCAGAGGUCAGCCUAGAGCCAAUGGAAAUUUCCACGUACCGUUUGCGCUUCAGCUAGCCCCCAGCAAAGGAAAUGAAAACCUCAGAGCACAAUACUAAUAGACCGGAAGACUGGCAGUUCCAUAAAUUAGUAAAGCUUAGGCGUCUAUAUGGGAACUUUCCAGCACUAGGAAAGCCAAAAGAAGAACAAAGGAUACUCAAGGUUCUACUGCUGCCUAUAAGGUUCUACUGCUGCCUACAAGGUUCUACUAGAGAUUCAAGGUCAUUCACCAGGCAAAGGUUUAAACGUACUGGCGGCAUUAUCAUAUAAAGAACUCAAGAGACCAACGUUGAUUAUUGCUUUAGAAAACAACUGGUUUAUUUGUUGUCUUUUUAAACAACCUGAUCCAUGCUGCAGUUUCACAUGAGUCAUCUUAACAGUUUGAACUUUUACAAUGAAUCCCCAAGGGCUAUAAAAUAUUACUAAUAUGAUGACAUUGUGAUUUUAUGAAGCCACCGGGGAAUUUACUUUUUGUUUGUUUUUGUACAACUUUUGAGGAAUGAAAAUCCCAUAAGGCCACAAUAUCAGUAUUGUAGCAGAUUUUAUUUGUAAUUAAUGACUGUGAUUCUUUACUAUACCCUCAUUAGAGGACUAUGGGAGAAUUAUGCUGGCUAUAAUUUAUUAAAUCUGAGUCUAGGUAUGUUAUGCAGUGUACAUACUUGUUUUUUUUUUCUUUGCCUAUAAAAUAGUAUUUGCAAUUAUAGUUGGUAGUCAUUGCCAAUUAAUUUGUUCAAAGCAAUACAAAGUGGUCCAAGCAGCAGUGCUGUAAAAGACUUAGUUGUAACAUUCUGCUAACUGUAUAUGCAGUGUUUAUAUGGUCUGAUCAAAUGCAAAAUUAUAACCUUGUUUUUAUUAUUUUAAAAUGACAAUAAAGUUGCCGCUGCAUCUCACAACAUAUGAGAACACAGCACUCAUCUCAUGUUUAAGUUUAUCAUGUCAAACUUGAGAUAAACAUCUCACAACAGAAAUACAGCAACAUUUAAAUACUCCAGAAAAAGUGUUCUCAGAUCUUUUUAGUUAUAAACGCCCCAACUAUUUUUUAUCAUGCAAAAUACCCUGUGACCUUUAUAUAGUAUAAUUGGAUAAAACAUAUUAAAAUAAAUUUAGUCUUCAGAACUUGUUAUAAAAGUGAAAGUACCUUAGUUAAAUAAAAAGUAAAGAUAUUUUCAGUA